GAAACCUGACGAGAUGAAACUUCCCGUGAUCUCGUGACCCCGCGACUCGCGAUCGUCCCGCUGCCAUGCAGGGAAAAGACGAUUCCGGACCUCUGAGCUCCUGGUUUUGGCUUUGUGCUUGUUGUGUGGGAUGUAUCCAAGCCGAGUGGGCCCCGAACCCACCUCAAGCUGAGGGAAAUAACCAGCGUGCCGGUGUAGAUGAGGAAAUCCCCAUAGAUGCUACCGCUCCCGCGAGAACGAGUCUGUAGAGGGGGGUUGGUGAAAUAAACGUUGUGUGAUUGAAGGCAGCAUGCUAAUACGAGAUCACCUGCGUGCCCACUGGAUACCGUGACGUGUUGGAGGGCGGGGUCUGUUCACAGGUGAACGCCGCACAGGUGUGAGUUGUGGACAUGUGCGCCCUGAAGGACCAGUUGCCGUCUCUCCACCGUAAUGGCCCACAGCUGUGUGGGGAACUGCGCGCCGUUCUUCUUCCUCGCCGUUGUCUUUGACGCAGCCGGUCUGGUUGUGUUGCUGGUCGGGAUUUUCGGCAAACUGAACGUGGACGGCCGCUUCUAUGGGGAUUUCCUCAUCUACACGGGCACGCUGGUUAUUUCCCUCAGCUUGAUGUGGUGGGUUCUGUGGUACACGGGGAACGUGCAGCUGUACGCGGAGGACCGGACCGGCUCCUUGGACAUCAUCUUUACGCAGUGGGCCAGGAAGCUGUCCGAGAGGCUCUCCAAAGGCGGCAUCAAGCCUCUGGAAGCCGGGAAGAAAAAGAAGAGCAUGGGCAGCGGGAAGGAGUUGACCAGCACCGUGCGUUCUGUUGCCCCGUGUCGGAUUACGUGGGAAGUCGGCAGCAGCAGUGGAGCCAUGUCUGCGCACAACAGAGGGUUUGAUGGAUGGACUGAAUGCGGGUCUCCAGCUGACAGAAACGUGGAGCUGGGGGUGUUGAAGAGCUCCGACGUGGCUCUGCAGGCGGCGGACGGCCGACCAGAGAGGCUUCUCUGACAGAAGAUGCUGUCUCACUCCACUCAUUGUGCAUGGGGGGCGAAUAGUGCACAUCAACAACAACACACACUUUGUAUGUACACAGAUGUUUUGAGUAUACCUCAUUCUGUCAUGCUUGGUGUUGGGACACAUCUGGGCUGGUCGAAGACGCACAGUAAUGGUGGGGCUGAACUGAGGACACUGGAUCUGAUUCUAAAAUCCUGGCUUCAACUCUGACAGAGAGCACAUGAUGGUGAGGGUUUUAUCUCUGGACAUUCCUCCAAUGAGCACAGGCCUCCACCUAAAAAUAACAUUGCUGUUGUAGAAGCCACCUGCCUCUCUACAUUAUGAGUCACAAAGGGACAUGUUAAUCAAUCUCAUUUGUCUGGGAGAGAGAUUGAUUACCUUCUGCACAUGCAUUCAUGUUAUUGUGUAAUGUCAAUAUGAGGCUGUAAGCUGGUGGUGAUGCAGAGAGGGAUUGUAUUAAUGUUUAACAGCAGUCUGCAGCUCAAACCUGAAGCGGGAAUAUGUCAGUCAAAUGAACAUAAAGACUUGUUUGCCUCGUUCAGAGUCAUAUGACCAGAUUUGUACUUCUCCCAUGUCAGUUAAUUUAGUAUCUAUGGACACAGAAGACGGGAAGUGGUGGUGAACCGAUCACCAGUGCCUGUACAGGUGCAAUGUGUCAAAUCUGGAGGAAACGCUCAAAAAAUGAACUACCGGUAUCAACAGACUGAACGGGUUACCGUGACAACGUCAUGUCAAGGACGUCUUAUCUCUAGUGUUGCAGAGAUACUAAAAAGGAUCAUGCUGACCAACUAGCCUUGAACCUUGAGGUAAUGGUGAGUCACUGUAGUCUGGCCUCGGCCCACCACGGAGGACCCGUCAGUAACACUCCAGACACAAGUAGAGGAGUCCUCCCUGCUCGGGGAGUGGAGCACGCUGCUCACCCCCCUCCACUUUGAAUCCCGUUGAUUUUCUUUCAUGUAAUUUGCUGAUUGCAACCUGUCCAAAUACACAGAAACCCUUUAUCUCCUUCUUCCAGGUGAUGUGCGGCUGUCCCAGAGCUAUUUUCCAAAGACUUCAAACAAUUGAAAACACUCAGUUUAUGGACUAUAGUCACUUUUUAUCUUUUUUUAAUAAGAAGACAAUUUCCUAAUCAGGGAAAAGCCUCAUGCAUCCACAUUCAGCAGAAGGGCUGUGCACAAAGAAACAUACGGUCUUUAACAUGUACAUGGCUAAUUUCUAUUUUGAGCUCAUUUUGUGACGUAUGUAAAUAUUUUUUCUUGGGAAUAAAGUUUACAUUAAAUCUGA